UUUGUUCUCUAAAUAUGUGUUUAAAUAUGUUUUAUAUACAGUAAUGCAAUUAAAAAUUAAUAAUAAAUUUGUUGUAAUAUUUGUGGUAUGAAUGGAACCACGACUAAUCCACUAUCUACAUCUGCAGUUCCUCCAACAUUUCCUAGAAAUGAGCGAAUUUUAUUAGGAGUUGUGUUGGCAAUUACUGGAAACCUGUUGAUAAGUGUAUCGAUGAAUAUUCAGAAAUAUUCUCAUAAUAAAUUGAUACCUGGAACAUCUUACAUUAAAAGUUUAACAUGGUGGGGGGGAAUAAUUUUGAUGGCUAUUGGAGAAGUAGGAAAUUUUUCUGCCUAUGCUUUUGCACCAGCAUCUUUGGUUGCUCCUCUUGGAACAACUACUGUUAUAGCUAAUGCAGUUAUUGCUGUGGUAUUUUUAAAAGAAAAGAUCAGGUACAGGGAUGUUCUUGGAAUUGUUCUUGCAAUAGUGGGUGCAUUUCUACUUAUUACAUUUUCAAAUAAAAACGACACAAUGCUAUCUGCUCAGGAAAUAUUAGUUUACAUCAAGCAAUGGUCAUUUUUAGUUUACAUGGGAUUAGAGAUUGUUGCAUUUAUUGUUUUUUUGUUUUGGGAUAAAUACUAUGAGGUUGGGAAAAUAAUUGUUAUAUUACUUCAAGUUGCUAUUUUAGGUUCAUUUACUGUUAUUACAGCAAAAGCUGUGUCUUCUAUGUUAACUAUAACUUUUCGUGGAUAUAGUCAAUUAAAUCAACCUAUAUUUUACAUUAUGUUUGCAAUUAUGGUAGCAACAGCUGUUGCUCAAGUUAGAUUUCUAAGUAAAGCUAUGUCUCUUUUUGACACAACUAUGGUUGUUCCUACUAAUUUUGUAUUUUUUACCAUGUCAGCCAUCAUUGGUGGCAUUGUGUUUUACAGGGAGUUUUAUGGACUUCUGUUUUUAGAUAUUUUUAUGUUUUUAUUUGGCGCAUUUCUUUCAUUUGGCGGCGUCUAUCUUAUCACAGCUGAAAGGAAAAAAGUAGAUGUACCGUCUUCUGAAGAUGAAAAUGUAGUUUUAAUCCCUUGCACACCAACUAUUACAACGAAUGAUUUGGUGGCUACUUCCUUACAACUUCAUGAAGUGUAUGACAACCCCGCUCUAUUAGGUUUUGAUGGAAUAGAGGAAAAAUCUGAUUUUUAAAACGCAAGUUCUAGCGCUUGUUCAGCAAAACAAAAAUGUUUGUUCCUUGAUAUGGUGCAAAGUUGCAACUGUAAAGGUGCGACCAACCGGCUUUGAUAAAGUGAAUAUAUUUAAUUUUUUCAUAUUUUUAAUUUAUAAAAUAUUAAGCAUAUAUUUAAUUUAUUCUGAAUUAUUAAAAUUCCUUAUUUUGUAAUGUAGUUGUUUGUAUAUAAUAUUUAAAAUGUUGUAACUCAUUAUUGUAAAUAAUUUCAGUA